UUCCCGUCGAGCGCAAGCGUCGCUUCGCAGUAUCAGUGCCCAGCGGGUGCGAUCAGAUGAUCUGACGGCUUGACAUAUCCACGCGCGCGGGAGAUGCGCUCAUGUGGGUCCCCGUCUCCACCUUCUCCAGCCCUGGUCAAAAUACCCUGUCUGGCACCAAGUUGGACUAUUCCUGUUACUGUCCUUGUGGCGCGCGUUCUCAUCUAUCCAUCCUGGCUCCUACAGCAUCCGCCCUCACGAAGCAAGCCAGUCGAAGCUUCGCAACGUCUUAUCAUCUCACAUGACUUUCAACUGGAGGGUCAUACUUGAGCGUGCCGUU